CAGAAUCCCAAUCGGUUGGAGUUUGAGGCGAAUGGCAUAUUGAGAGGCACACAUUUGGUAAACGCCCAUUUUCCCCAGAAAAAUGUCUGAUAAAGCCCCCGUGACCGUGCGCACGCGCAAGUUUCUCCGCAACACGCUGCUGGCUCGCCGCCAAAUGCUUGUGGAUGUGUUGCACCCUGGCCGCCCCAACGUGCCCAAGGCCGAACUCCAAGAAAAGCUCGCCAAGAUGUACAAGGUCGCGGACACCAACACCGUGUUCUUGUACGGGUUCCGCACCGCGUUCGGCGGCGGAAAGUCGUCGGGCUUUGCGUUGAUCUACGACACUGUGAACGACGCCAAGAAGUUCGAACCCAAGUACCGCCUUGUUCGCCAAGGACUCAGCGAAAAGGUCGAGAAGUCCCGCAAGCAAAUCAAGGAAUCCAAGAACCGCGCCAAGAAGGUCCGUGGUGUCGGUCGCCGUAUCGCCCGCCACAAGGCUAACAAGGCCAACAAGUAAGCGACUGGACUCUGUCGUUUUGCUGGGGAAGUGUGUACUGGCCGUAUUAGUCUGUGCACGCCGUUUGCUAUGGAAAACCACGACAUUGGCAUCUCUCGCGACGACUACAGCAGCGUUGGACAUGGAAGCAACGAAGCUCUCUUUGGUGACAUGUUAACACGAUGAUGUGGCCACCACAGUGGUGCCAAUUUCACAUA